AUGACCAACUACUACGCCCGGGCUGCUGGCCAGGGGAACGAACUUCAGCGCCCCAGUCCCAACAACAAUAACCAAGUUCAUCAGGGACUAGCAUUCCCUGACACUACCCCCAUGUCUCAGGGCGCUCUUGGUGCAAACGCCUUUCUCGGGCUUGACCUGCCCAACUUGAACAUCCCUGCUGGUGCUACUGGCCCAGGAUUCCAUCCUGAAGUUCACUUCUCUGGAGGAUUCAUGGACAACCAGCCCAUCACCAACGGCACCCCCUACCAGACCGCUGCCUCCAUGCCCAUGACAACCUACGGCCACCAGUUCGUGGGCCCUCCCCUUCCCACCGAACCCUUCGAGGCCAAAUUUGAAGGCCACUCCCUCGAACGGGUCUGCCUCUCCAUCCCUCACCACCUUGACCCAGAGGAACACGCCCGCCGCAACAUCGCAAUGCACCAGAAUCAGCAAUUCCACCAGAACAACCCCCCCGUCAUCCCAGACCACACGCUCGGCGAGAUGGCCCCCAAGCGCGUCUUCCCCGACUUCAUCAAGAGCACCCAGAACACCACGCCCGAACAGCGAGCCUUCGUGGAGCGCGAGAACAACAAACUCGCCGCUCAGCUCCAGAAGGAAGACCGCGCUCGCAACAACGAGGCCGCCAAGCGCAGCCGUCUCGCCAAGUCCGAGUCCCUUGCCAACGCUAUCAAGCUCAACAUCGAUGACUCCAUCCGCAUUGCGUGGCUUGAAGCCAAAGUGAUCAGCCUGGGUGGCAAUCCCACUGAAUUUGCAAGCGUCCGUGGGGAAAUGCUUGAAAAGAUGCGCAACGACGUGCGCAACCGCAUGGACAAGGUGUACGCGCGCCGCAAGAAGGAGAAGGGCGAGGAGGAGGCUCGCCGUCGUGCGCUUCGCAAUAAGGAGCGCCAGCGUCAGAAGGCUGCUGUGAAUGAGCGCUUUCGCCAGAGGGCUGUUAGUCGUUCUGCCUCUGUUUCUGUUUCUGCUUCCGUUUCUGUUGCGGAAUCUUCUGCUCAGGGGGCUGAGACUGGUGGUAACCCCUUGACGGAUUGGACCAUUAUUGGGGCCUAUGACUUUGCUCAGGAAUAA